AUGGACAUCGUACCAGAAGGAAACAAUUUCGUGAUCGUUAAUGAAAGCGAACUACCAGCAAUGAUGGAAGAGCUGGAAAAAUAUUUUCCUCAUUCUUUAAAAUUCCAUCAAACUAUUAAAACGUACCUGAAUGAUAGAGUGUGGCGAUUUCAAUUUUAUAGAGCAAAGACUUGGCCUGAAGAUCCCGUUUGUUUGCAUUUCCCAGGCUGCACAUACACGCCGGAUAAUAGAACAAACGAAAGCGUAGGUAUUUUUUGUCCGCCAGACAAACUAGAGCGAAUGGAUCUGAUAAAAGAGGAGGACAUUCUUUUUGAAUGGCAUAGUCCACUGUACAUGAACUUUACCCAUGUAGGCAUCAUGUUCAAGAUGGAAGAGAUUUAUCGGGAGAAAGUGAAUGGAAAGCUAGAUGGGCAUAUCUACGGGGACAUUUACGUGCAUGAAUGUCCAGCUGAAUUAGAUUUACCGUUGGAACCGUUAGCAGCGAAUGAAGUGAUCAUGAAACCGUUGUGUAUCGACGAUGUCAAGGAUAUUCACGAUUUGUACCCAGCAGGUGAUAUCGAAAGCCUUGAGCUAUUUGAAAAAUUAGUCCGCCAACUUCCGGGGUUCGGCGUAUUCAAUCAAUUGGACAACGAGCUAGCUGCUUGGAGUUUGCAGUCCUACUACGGUGGAAUGUUUUCCAUGCAAACAAAGCCUAAAUUCAGAAGAAAAGGAUACGGUAUUCAACUUGCACAAUCUCUGACAAAGUUGGUAAUCCAACGGGGAUACAUACCGUUUGUUGUCAUAAGGCCCGAAAAUGAUGCUUCCCGUGGACUUUAUAUGAAACUGGGUUUUCGAAAAGCUUUCGAGAGUGUACGUGGCACAUUUGUGCCAUUUGCUGAAGCAAACCAUUCUCAAUUUGGUUUGCCAACCGUCGUACAAAGUGGAAUAUCCACUGAUGAUAUAUCUCGAAACCCACAUUGCACAAUAGAAUCGUCUGAAGUAACAAACGGUAUCCUCGAGGACAAAGAAAAAAAUAUAUGCUGA